GAUAUUUUGAUAAAUUAUCAACAAUCCUAGAGCCAACCAGGAGACACAAAAACUAAAAGUUUUAAAAACUAAAAAACACUAAAAACAAACAGUUUAGUUGUUCCUCAACCAGCACAGUUAUAGGCGUCCAAAUGCAGUCCUGCUGGCUGCUGGGCCUGCUGGUGGUCCUCGGUGGCCUGGUGGCAGACUGCUUCUACGUGCCCGGCGUGGCGCCGGUGGAAUUCGUCCAAGACCAGAAAAUCGACGUAAAGGCGGUGAAAAUGACCAGUAGCCGCACACAGCUGCCGUAUCAGUACUACUCGCUCCGCUUCUGCUACCCUAAGAACGGCACGCUGAUUUUCAAGUCGGAGAACUUGGGAGAGGUGCUUCGCGGUGACCGGAUCGUCAACACACCCUAUGACGUGAGGAUGAAUCAGCAGGUCAACUGCCGGCUACUGUGCAACCAGAAAGACAGACCCCUCACCUGGAGCAAAGAGGACUCUGCUCUGGUUGCGGAACGCAUCCAACACGAGUACUUCGUGCAUCUGCUGGUAGACAAUCUUCCGGUGGCCACUCGCAUCGUAAACGUGAAUAGCCCAUCGGAAGUGACCUACGAGCACGGCUACCGUCUGGGCCAGGUUGACGGGGAGAACAUCUACAUCAACAACCACCUCAAGUUCAUUAUGUCCUACCAUAUGCACACCAAAGGCAAGUACCGUGUGGUGGGCUUCGAGGUGGAAACUGUUUCGGUGAGUCACAAGGAGCUAAAGUUCCACGGCGACACGUGUAACUUCCCGGACAGCGCCCGACCACAGCUCGUCAACCCUAACGGAGAGACUCAGCUGUACUUCACCUACUCCGUUGAAUGGAAAGAAUCCAAGGUGAGCUGGGCCUCGCGUUGGGACAUUUACCUAGGCAUGCGCGAUGUGCAGAUUCAUUGGUUCAGCAUCAUCAACUCCUUGGUGGUGGUGUUCUUCCUCUCGGGCAUCCUCACCAUGAUCAUGAUCCGCACCUUGCGUCGGGAUAUCGCGAGGUACAACACGGACGAUAACAUCGAGGACACACUGGAGGAGACGGGAUGGAAACUGGUGCACGGCGACGUGUUCCGACCACCCAAGAACACGCGAUUCUUCUCCGCGAUUAUUGGCAGUGGCAUCCAAAUAUUUUUCAUGUCUCUUAUCACCAUCUUCUUCGCCAUGUUGGGCAUGCUAUCGCCAUCGUCGCGAGGUGCUCUGAUGACUUCUGGCAUCUUUAUGUACGUCUUCAUGGGCACCAUUGCCGGCUAUUAUGCAGCACGUCUCUACAAGACGAUGAAGGGGCGGGAAUGGAAACGGGCAGCCUUUCUCACGGCUACUCUAUAUCCGGGCAUUGUCUUUGGCACCGGAUUCAUUUUGAACUUCUUCAUAUGGGACAAGUCCUCCAGUGGAGCUGUACCUUUCACUACCAUGAUCUCGCUUCUGCUACUCUGGUUUGGCAUCUCUGUGCCCUUGGUGUAUCUGGGCUUUUAUCUCGGCUACCGGAAGCAGCCGUAUCAGCAUCCCGUGCGCACCAACAUGAUUCCGCGGCAGGUGCCAGCUCAGCAUUGGUACAUGAAUGCGGUCUUGAGCACUCUGAUGGCUGGUAUCUUGCCGUUUGGCGCCGUCUUCAUUGAGCUCUUCUUUGUAUUCACGGCCAUUUGGCAGAAUCAAUUCUACUAUCUCUUUGGCUUUCUAUUCUUAGUGUUUUGUAUUUUAGUAGUUAGCUGUGCCCAGAUCUCCAUAGUCAUGACCUAUUUCCAACUGUGCGGAGAGGACUACCGCUGGUGGUGGCGAAGUUUUAUUGUCUCCGGAGGCUCCGCCGUCUAUGUGCUCUUUUAUAGCAUUUUCUACUUUUUCACCAAGCUUGAGAUCACUGAAUUUAUCCCAACCCUUCUCUACUUGGGCUACACGGGCCUCAUGGUGCUCACUUUCUGGCUACUGACGGGCUCAAUCGGCUUCUUCGCCGCCUAUGUCUUUAUUCUGAGAAUCUACGGAGCUGUGAAGAUCGACUAGACGUCUCCUGGUCGUCUCCACUCACCAACCACGCUGUACACCAAACUAUCCUUGCAAUAUCACUCGAUCAUAAAAAUACUUAUAGAGCAACUGUCCAGGUGCGCCUGAUAAAAUGAACGAAUUGAUAAUCCGACGAUUAUAUAAUCUGCGCUAAUGUUCCCCUUCAUGUCCCAGCUUCAGAAAAGCACCGAUUGAGUAACCACUUGGUAUGAUGACACCUCAUAGGUGGCUCCUUUUGAGAGCGUUGCGUUAGGAUACAUUCUAGAAAUGUCUUAUUUAUACAUGUAUGUAAAGAAUCUAAUCUAAGCAACAGAUAUAAAACAAACAAAAAUUAAAUAAACUAAGCUUAACUGUA